CGCUUGAGGCAGGAGGAGCCUGGGGAGGGCCUGGGGCCUGUAGAUGGAGCAGAUGGAGGGGGGCAGAUGUUUGUGCUCCAGGUGGCAGGAGAUUCCAGGGGAGAAUCACUGCCGUGGGCUGACAGCUGCUCACACUCACACCCAUCAUGAGACACACAAGCAGACACACCAUGCACCCAAAGACAGCACGGCUCACAGGCUUGCCUCACCCCAGUCAGAAAGAGCAGCCUCACCCUGGCUCAUUCACCAGGAGGCACACAGUAAAGAACUGCCCCUCCCACCUGCACACUUAUCUAGGGACAGCGAGCUACCCACUGUGUUUCAGAUCCCCAUGGCAUCCCCCCAAACGCUGCUCCUCUGCCUGCUGGUCCUGGCGGUCACGGAAGGUUGGGGUCGCCAGGCGGCCAUCCCAGGCUGCCACUUGCACCCCUUCAAUGUGACAGUGCGAAGUGACCGCCAAGGCACCUGCCAGGGCUCCCAUGUGGCACAGGCCUGUGUGGGCCACUGUGAGUCUAGCGCCUUCCCUUCCCGGUACUCCGUGCUGGUGGCCAGUGGCUAUCGACAUAAUGUGACCUCCGUCUCUCAGUGCUGUACCAUCAGUGGCCUGAAGAAGGUGAAGGUGCAGCUGCAGUGUGGGGGGGACCGGAGGGAGGAGCUGGAGAUCUUCACGGCCAGGGCCUGCCAGUGUGACAUGUGUCGCCUGUCGCGCUACUAGCCCGUCCUCUCCCCUCCUCCUCCACCUUGGUCAGAGGGUUUGAGGUGGAGUAUAGCCCAUGUAUCCGGCUCUCUUAAGAUUCUGUGAUUGUCACUCCUGAGAAGAGGCCAGUUUCUGCCUCUCCCCUGCCUCAGCCUGGCCUCCCAACCAGUCUGUCAUCAUUUCACUCCCCUCUUUGUCCCUACCCCUAAAUAAAGCAAGCAGUUCUCAA